AUGGAGCCACUUCCAGAACCUGAGGAACCAGACAGAGAGGAUCGCAGACCUCGGCCUGGUGUGGAUGUGGAGCCUCCAACUGAAGAUUACAAUGACCGCCUGGAGAGAGAAGAUUAUGAUGACUAUGGCUACAGCAGAUAUCCAAAAAAGCCUGAAGUGCCAGAACAUAAACCUGAUCGUCCCGUUGUAUAUGUAAAACCUACACCUAAGAAGCCUGAAAUUGUGACAACCACAACGGCCUUACCAGCUCCAGAAUACCCCUAUCCCAAGCCAGGAUUUAAUUAUGAUGACUAUGAUUAUACUACAUUCCUGAAGCCUCCAGAAGAAAAAGAAGAAGAAGAGUGGACAGAUGAAGAGAAAUACUCAUCAAAGAAGCCUCAAAAACCAACCAGCAGCAAAGAGGAGCGAGAGAGGGAGGAGGAAGAAGAAAGGAAACGGAAAGAGAAGAAGCCCCCUGAUGAAUGGGAUUCAGAGGAGGUAGAAGAGGUCCCAAAGGAGAGGAAAAAGUGCCCACCCAUUGGCAUGGAGUCCCAUCGGAUAGAAGAUGAUCAGAUUCUGGCCUCCUCUAUGUUGCGCCAUGGACUGCACGCUCAGAGAGGUCGACUUAAUAUGCAGGCAGGUACUAAUGAAGAUGACUUCUUUGAUGGUGCUUGGUGUGCAGAAGAUGACAGUCUGGUUCAGUGGUUAGAAGUGGACACGCGAAGAACCACAUUAUUCACUGGCAUUAUAACACAGGGCCGGGACUCUCUUAUCCAUGAUGACUUUGUGACCUCUUUCUAUGUGGGCUUCAGUAACGACAGCCAGAACUGGGUUGUAUACAGCAACGGAUAUGAAGAGAUGAUGUUCUUUGGAAAUGUAGACAAGGACACACCAGUGCAGACAGAUUUUCCUGAACCUGUGGCAGCAAGAUUUAUCCGUAUCUACCCGCAGACAUGGAACGGUAGUCUGUGCAUGCGAAUUGAGGUCUUGGGGUGCCCUAUUUCAAAUGUGGUCAGCUACUAUAGCCAAAAUGAAGUGAUAACCUCCUCAGAUAACCUGGAUUUCCGGCAUCAUAACUACAAAGAUUUGAGACAGCUCAUGAAGGUUGUAAACGAGGAGUGUCCAACCAUUACCAGAAUAUACAAUGUGGGAAAGACAGCUAAAGGUCUGAAGAUCUAUGCCAUGGAGAUCUCAGAUAACCCAGGAGAACAUGAGAUAGGAGAGCCGGAGUUUAGGUACACAGCUGGCCUUCAUGGGAAUGAAGUUUUGGGACGUGAAUUAUUACUUCUCCUAAUGCAGUUUAUGUGCAAAGAAUAUCGAGAUGGCAAUCCACGUAUUAUGACCCUCGUCCAGGAGACCAGGAUUCAUUUGAUACCGUCAUUGAACCCCGAUGGCUAUGAGAUUGCCAAUCCAAUGGGCUCCGAACUUGGUAACUGGGCACUGGGCCACUGGACAGAAGAAGGCUAUGAUAUCUUUACCAAUUUCCCGGACUUGAACACAGGAUUCUGGGCAGCUGAGGACAGGAAGUGGGUUCCUUACAGAGUACCAAACAAUAACUUGCCCAUUCCAGAAAGUUUUUUGGCAGAGGAUGCAACAGUGGCAUUAGAGACUAAAGCCAUUAUUGCUUGGAUGGAAAAAAAUCCAUUUGUCUUGGGAGCCAAUUUACAAGGUGGAGAAAAGUUGGUCUCCUACCCCUAUGACAUGGCACGGGCGGUAAAAGAGGAAGAGCAGCCCAGGUAUCGCCCUCAUCAGCUUUACGUUGAAGAUGAAGAGGAGGAAGAAGAAGAAGUGUCUGCAGUACAUGGAGAGGAUGACGAAGGAGUGUCCAAAACGACCGAUCAUGCUAUUUUCCGGUGGCUUGCAAUCUCUUAUGCUUCCGCCCAUCUAAACAUGGGGGAUAUAGCCCGUGGAAGCUGCCAUGCAGAUGAUUACACCAAGGGCAUGGGCAUUGCCAAUGGAGCUAAAUGGAGACCAGUGUCUGGCAGCAUGAAUGACUUCAGCUACCUGCAUACAAACUGUCUAGAGCUCUCCAUAUAUCUUGGCUGUGAUAAGUUCCCACAUGAGAGUGAGCUGGCUGAAGAGUGGGAGAUCAACAAAGAAGCUCUUCUAUCAUUCAUGGAGCAGGUUCACCGCGGCAUUAAAGGCAUUGUAACAGAUCGACACGGGGAACCGAUUGCCAAUGCUACCAUCUCAGUGGCAGAAAUAAACCAUGAUGUGACAACAGUGGCUGGCGGGGGGACUACUGGCGUAUCCUGAACCCUGGAGAGUAUCGUGUAACAGCACGGGCUGAGGGUUACACCCAGAGCACCAAGAUAUGCAGUGUUGGCUAUGACAUGGGGGCAACCCACUGCAACUUUGUCCUGGCUCGCUCCAACUGGAAGAGAAUCAAAGAGAUCAUUCAAUGAAAGGCAAAGGACCUCUUCGCCUGGCGCCAGCUGGAGGUCGCAAGCUCACCCCUGCACAAAGACUCCGUCUUCAGCGCCGCCGUAUGUGGCUGAAUCGUCAACGCAACCUUACCACCACUCUUCCACCAACCACCACUCUUCCACCAACCACCACUCCUUUUGAACCAACCACCACUUUACCUCCGACCGAUACCCCAACAACAAUGCCACCCCCCGCCGGUUGGAGCCCCCUACUCCUUCAGAAUCUCUGUGGGACACAGAAACUGAGACCUAUACAGAAAUCGUUACAGAGUUGGAGACAGAGACCUGGGAAGAGGAUGCCACUACUCCUGUGGCUCCUUUCACCACAGCAGAGACUUAUACUGUAAACUUUGGGGACUUCUAA